GAAGCGAACAUUUUUAACACCCCGUCACAGAUGCCUCUCUCGGUUCUCUGUGAAUGACUCCACCCGCUCGACUUGUUGGAAGAUUGUAACGCUAAUAAAACAGGCAGAUAUUAAACCCAUACUUUGAGGUCAGGAGAGAAGAAGAUGGGAUGUACUCUGAGCACGGACGACAAGGCGGCGCAGGAGCGGAGCAAGAUGAUCGACAGGAACCUGCGGGACGACGGAGAAAAAGCUGCUCGGGAGGUCAAGCUGCUCCUGCUCGGAGCUGGAGAAUCUGGAAAAAGUACAAUUGUGAAACAGAUGAAGAUUAUCCAUGAAGCCGGCUACUCAGAGGAGGAGUGUAAGCAGUACAAGGCCGUGGUCUACAGCAACACCAUCCAGUCCAUCAUUGCCAUCAUCAGAGCUAUGGGACGCCUCAAGAUUGACUUUGCUGAUCAAGCCAGAGCAGAUGAUGCUCGGCAGCUGUUUGUCCUUGCGGGUUCAGCAGAGGAGGGCUUUAUGACCGGCGAACUGGCUGGAGUGAUCCAGCGGCUGUGGAAGGAUGGAGGCGUUCAAGCCUGCUUCAGCCGAUCCCGGGAGUACCAGCUCAACGACUCCGCGGCAUAUUACCUGAAUGACCUGGACAGGAUAUCCAACGCUGCUUAUGUUCCCACCCAGCAGGAUGUGUUGAGAACCAGAGUCAAAACUACUGGUAUUGUGGAAACACACUUCACUUUCAAAGACCUGCACUUCAAAAUGUUUGAUGUAGGUGGACAGAGAUCAGAGAGGAAGAAGUGGAUCCAUUGUUUUGAGGGAGUCACUGCCAUCAUCUUCUGCGUGGCUCUGAGCGACUACGAUCUCGUUCUGGCUGAGGAUGAGGAGAUGAAUCGAAUGCAUGAGAGCAUGAAGCUGUUCGACUCCAUCUGCAACAACAAGUGGUUCACAGACACCUCUAUUAUCCUCUUCCUCAACAAGAAAGACCUGUUUGAGGAGAAGAUCAAAAAGAGCCCUCUUACUAUCUGCUACCCAGAAUAUGCAGGCUCUAACACCUAUGAGGAGGCUGCAGCUUACAUUCAGUGCCAGUUUGAGGACCUGAACAAGAGAAAGGACACCAAGGAAAUCUACACCCAUUUCACAUGUGCCACAGACACCAAGAACGUGCAGUUUGUGUUUGAUGCCGUCACCGACGUCAUCAUCAAGAACAACCUGAAGGACUGUGGCCUUUUCUAAAGGCGGCUGGGUGGGCAGCAUACCGAGUGACUUUCUUCGAGUGGAGGAAACUUCAUGGGCCCUGCUGAGAAUGUCACUUUUAACCUUUUAUUAACUUAUGUUCAUCUCUAAAAGUUUUAAAGACAGUGUGUAGAGAAAACAUUUUGUGUAAAAUAUUUGUACAACAGUCUAUGGUCAGGAUUUGUUUUUCUUUCUUUUUUCUUUUUUUUCUUCAGUUUUUAAAAUGUGCUUGUUUUACCUUAUUUUUUAUAUAAGGGGGCGUUUUUUUUUUUGUUUUCUUGUAUUUUUUUUUCCCAUAAAUGAACACUUUACUUUGGUUGUAGUUGCUUGUGCCUUGCAUGCCUUAGUUGAAAGUGUCUUUUGUUGGUUUAGGUUUAUGCAGUUGCUGCCAUCCACUUCUUCUCAAGUCCCCAGAAUCCAUUUAUUCUCCCCUCCCCCUUUUCUGGCUUCUUCAUUGUUGCAACAUUUUUUUGCCUCCUUGUACAAAAGAAAUCAAAUAAGACCAAGUCACUCUGCAGACCAGUUCACUCUGAUGCUGACAUACUGUGAGAGCUGUGUGGUUUGCAUGUGUGCCGUGAGCGAGAGCUUUUUUUGAUUGAAGCCAAAUGCCUGUGAGAGUGGUGAUGUGCAUGAUGGUGUGUGAGUGGAUGUGUGCACAAUAUAAAACAAAGGGACUUUUAUUCCUCUACUUGUCAUCCUCUUUUAAAGUUUUAUUUUUCUAAGCGACCAAAAUGAAGCUACUUGGACAUAAAUGUGUGCAUGUUGUUGGUGUGUUCCAAACAUUCCUGAGUGAAACAUGAAGGAAGGACGAGCUUUGAAAAGAGGAUGGCAAUGAUGGCCUUGUAGCAGACGGUAGGACCUUAUGUCAAUCUGUUCAGUGCGUAGACAGUCGGCUGGGUACAGGUAAACUGUUAUUGAUUAGGAUCUGUGAUGGUUUCAAGUUGCAUAUCAAAAAAUCCCUCCAUCCCUCUGUUUCCAUUGGAUAGGGACAUUAGUGGACUAAUUUUCAUUAUUUUGCUAAUAAAAUAGUUGUUAUGGUGUAACCAUGGCAACUUGUGCAACAAAAGUGCUAUCUAUAAUUUUGUGGAUUUUUCUUUUUUCACUUUUUUUUCUCAAAAGACAACAACAUUGAACAGUCUUGUAAUAGAAAUUAAGCAAAAUUGUCAGGUAAUGCAUAUGUCAGAAUAUCUGUUCUCUUUUUUCCAUUUGUUGAAAAAAAUUGUAAAACAUUCAGCUUCCUAAGUGUAUUUGCUAUCCCCCUCUGCUUAUAUGAUUGUAAAUCAUUUACUUUAUAUUUAGGUAUAAAAAGAAUAAUAAAUGUGAAUAUUCA